AUCGCCAUCUUGUGCACCACAUGACCUCGUUGCCGUGUCCCGUGACCAGCUCACGUGAAUUUUGACAAAUUCAAACGUUUUUGGUAGAAAAAAAAAUGGAUAUUUUGGAGCAGCAUCUCGAACAACAGGAUGUCAGGUAGUGUUUAUGUUAAAUAUCGACUGGCUGAUAAUGCGAACACCUAUCCCUCCUGUUUCGCUCGAGGUCUCCUCAAGGUCAUCACGUAGUGCACAGUGCGCACUUACAAGACUUAGGACAACGGUCGUGGAAUACUGUUAACGCAAAGGAUGACGGUGGCACAGGAAUUGUUAUUGAAGAAGCGGAAAUCGUAGACUGUGAAGGAGAAACUGUUGCAGAAGAUGGAAUGCGUUAUCAAGAAGCACUUGCAUAUAGAGUAGUUCAAGUAAAUGGAACUACUGCUGGCAAUGAAAUAGAAUUGCCAGUCACCCAACCAGGAAAUAACACUGUACAGGUCCUGACAUCCCCAUUAAAUGGCCAGUUUUAUGUUAUUGGAAAUGCCAAUGAUGUUUUCACGACUGCACAAACUUCUAGAUCAUUGGUUCCUAGAACCACUACUUUACAAAUAGAAACACCAAGGAAUUGUACUACUGUAUUAAAGAAGAGAGAUGAUAGAAGAAGAGCUACUCAUAAUGAAGUUGAACGUCGACGAAGAGACAAAAUAAAUAAUUGGAUUGCAAAAUUGGGAAAAAUUAUUCCUGAGUGCAAUGCAGCUGCAAAUGGAAGUGGUAGUGGUAGUGGUGAAGGAAAGGCAAAUUAUGAAACUCAGAGUAAAGGAGGAAUUUUGUCAAAAGCCUGUGAAUAUAUAACAGAAUUAAGAGCAGCCAAUCAGGGAUUGGGUCAAUGUUUACGUGAUAACGAAAAACUACGACAAGAAAUAACUGCUUUGAAACAACUCGUUGCACAAUUGAAACGUGAGAAUCUUCAACUGAGAUCACAAAUCUCGCCCUCUACAGGAACGAACGUUGAUGUUUGAAUCCUUAAAGUUGUUAGUUUAUAAUAUAUUGCUUUUUUUUGUAAAUAUUAGGAUAUAUGACCUGAUCGAUGAUUAAAAAAAAUAUUUCCUCUUUCAUGGGAAUCAAACAAAUUUCAUUACACUAUUACACAAAUUCUUUGAAAUAUCGAUCCUAAUGGUAUGGUCAUAAUUACCGUCAUAACUUUGUAUAUCUUUACGCUACUUUAGAUUUUUAAAUAACGUGAUGUGAAUAUAGCAUCAUUUGUUUUACACCAAAUUAUAUUUGUUUUUGGAUUAAAUAAUUUGAUCAAAUAUUGAAAUGUUAUAAUCUUAAUAUAUUCAUGAAUACAUUAUGGGUGACAAUUUAUAAUUAUCGAAUGAUGUCAAUGAAGUUGCAUCUAUUCGUUCGUUGCAUAAAACUUAUGAAAAAAAAUUUUAUUUUUAUGUAUGCAUGAGUGCGUUGGAUCGAAUUACCUCGUGUAUCUUGAACGAGCCAAGGCUGUGAAUAUUAAACAUUGAUUUGAAUUUUUCGGAUGUGCAAUUUUAAAUAAACUAAUUAAACUUAAUUUAAAAAAAAGGAAAAUAGACAAAACAGUUUAUUACAGUACAAUUAUGAUGCAAAGUAUGACGACUGAAUCUUUACAAAUAUCAUUAUCAAAUAUUUUUUAUUUUUAAUACUGUUUUCAGAAGUAUAGAAUGCAUAUUUCGUAAAAAAAAAAAAAUAAUCUAGGAACUGAGAAUGUAAAAUAGAUUAAUCGUACACGUAUAAAUGUGUAUAUAUAUUUAUAUAUGUAUAUAUACAUGUGUGUGUACAUAUGCAUAUACGAACACAUAUAGCAAUAAACAUAUUUUUUUCAACCCAUGAUUCUAAACGCUAUGAAAACGCGUUGGAAUAAUUAAAAAAAUUAAAUAUUGAUUUGUAAUAUAUCGUUGAUGUACAUACCGCGAAGGUUAUUGUUAUAUUAUAUUAUUAUUAUUAUUAUUAUUAAUUAUUAUUAUUAAAAUGAAAUUUAUCGAAA